AACAACAAGAAAUUAUCAUGAACUGCUUCGAGAACGUGACUAUGCCGAAUUUCGUAUGGUUCCGAGAAAGGCGCAAUAUUUUUGCUUCCAUGGCUGCAGGUUUUCUGUACUUUACAGGAUGGUGGUUUAUAAUUGACUCAGCAUCGAAGUACCCUAAUGAACAACCAAGUGCAGCUUAUGCCUGCGGAGUGAUGGCUACCAUUUCCCUGAUUAUGGUCAACUCUGUUUCAAAUGGACAGGUGCGAGGAGAGACAUACACGGGGGGCUGUAUGGGGCCUCGCAGUGCGAAGCUCUUUCUCUUCAUCGGCUUCGUUGUAGGUUUUGCGUUGCUCAUCGCAGCUUGCUUGACACUGCUUGCCAAAUAUGUAAAAACUGGUAAAAUUUGUUCAGAUGUGACCAAACACACCUGGGUGGGCGUGAACGCGUUCUGCUACUGCAGAACGCGUUCAUCUUCGCCGGCUCGCUGGCCUUGAAGUUUGGCCGCGCCGAGGACCUGUGGGGCUAAUCUAACAAGUAAACUUCUU